AUUUGCAAACAUUCGGCAAACAAUUUACAAAGUUCAUCAACGCAAGAUUGUAGUUUUCCUAUUGACAUAUUCACGCGGAUUAGGCAUGAUAAAGGCCGAACGAAACAGCAUUAGUUAUUUUCGGCGCUUGUAUUUGUAUUUUCGGCAGUUAUGCAUCAAAGCGAUGAUGGCACUUUUAAUUUUAAGAGAAAUAAUGGACUGCAUGUUUGAGGCAUACCUCACUGAUGGAAACUCGGAAACUGACGAUAUACCACUGACCAAGGAGCCGGUUUAUAUCCUUGGAAUAAAAUAUGAUGCCAACAAAGAGCUCACAAUGAUUCGUCAGGAUAUACAAUCAAGACUGUGGUUCACAUACCGUCGAGGAUUCGUUCCUAUAGGUGGUGGCGAUGGUUUGACUUCGGAUAAAGGCUGGGGUUGUAUGCUCAGAUGUGGACAGAUGGUGCUUGGACAAGCAUUGGUUAUUCUACAUCUAGGCAGAGAUUGGUUGUGGGAUGCCAUAAGCAGGGAUCCAGUGUAUUUGAAAAUAUUGAAAAAGUUUGAGGAUAAUAGACAUGCGCCAUAUUCAAUUCAUCAGAUUGCUUUGAUGGGUGCUUCAGAAGGCAAAGAAGUGGGGCAGUGGUUUGGACCUAAUACAAUUGCUCAGGUUUUAAAAAGAUUAGUAAAGUUUGACUCAUGGAAUUCGUUAGUAAUCCACGUGGCGCUGGACAACACGAUGAUUGUCAACGAUAUCAGAGAGUUGUGCUUCGCUGAGAAUUCGCCCUCGAAUACCUCGAUGAGGCCGCAGUGGAAACCCCUGCUGUUGGUCGUGCCUUUACGCUUAGGAUUAAACGAAAUUAACCCAAUUUAUAUAUCUGGUUUAAAGAAAUGUUUCAAAUUUCCUCAAAGUCUAGGCGUGAUUGGUGGCAAACCGAACUUAGCGCUGUAUUUCAUUGGUUGCGUUGGCGACGAAGUAAUCUACCUCGAUCCGCACACAACUCAGCGCACUGGCUGCGUCGAAGGCAAAGAAAACGAAGAACAAGUCGAAAUGGACAGCACGUAUCACUGCAAGCGCGCAUCGCGCAUUAAUAUUUUACAAAUGGAUCCCUCGGUUGCAGUCUGCUUUUUCUGCGAACAAGAACGAGAUUUCGACGACCUCUGCCAAUUGAUACGUGACAAAUUAAUCGCCGAUGAGAAACAAGCCCUUUUCGAGAUCUGCAACGAACGUCCCGAGCAGUAUUCGCCGUCGGUUGAUUGCAUUGGUGAGGAUGUAAUCGGCGCUGAAUGCAAUGAUACCACGACCUGGACACACCUUAACACAUCUCCUACCAAAAAUUGUUCCGACCGGCUAUGUGAUUCAGAGAACGAAUUCGAAAUUCUCUAACUGUAUGCAGCACACAAUGCAAAUCGAAUCCGAGUUUUCAUGGAGUUUAAAGACAAGAGGACGAAUACGAGAUUAUUGUAUAGGUUUGUGGACGUAAGCGAAUCAUUGUACGUUCAUAUUGCUACGGCAACUGCUGUUUUGUAUACUUUGUGAUUGUCGUUUAUAAAUAUUGUUUUUUAUGUAUAAAGUAAAGCAUAAGACAGGUAAA